AUGCGAGCUUUACUGUUCUUUUGUUUAAAAUUUUACUUCACUUCACUUUAUUAUUGUGCCGAUUUUGACAGUUAUGAAAUAAACCAACUUGAAGUCACACCAAUAUACGAUAUCAUUUUAUUUAAUGACAUAGCGGAAGUAAUUAAGGACUUCGACAAUGACUUGAAUACACCACCAGUUGCGAAAUCAUUAGCAUUAGAAAGUGAGAGCGAUGAAAAUAUCGAAGAUCUAUUACUUGAAUACCAGCACUACUUGGAUAAAGCUCACAAGCAACACGUCAAAUACUUAGAAAAAGUAACCGGUAAAAACAAAAUUCCACUUUUACGGCACGACAAGUAUCCCAAAAAGAAUAACCUUAAAACUGCUUUUGAGGAUUUCUAUCCAUUUUCAAGUAAAACGCAACAAAUAUUCCCGAAACUAGAAUCUUUAUCUCGUGUCUUUAAGGGCGAUACGGAGUUUUCGUAUACAACAUCUCGCUCCUUUUCUCCUAAUCUAUUUGAGCCAACUUAUGAUCGCAACUAUCUAUCUUCCAACAUACAAAAAAGUAAUACUUUGUCGUCGUGUUAUUGCAAAUCUAAUGAAAUUCCAUGUAAUUGUGGUUGUAAACAAUGCAUCAUACAAUUCGACUCUAUUAAUAGCAGUUUUAAUACGAAAUCACCUUUGCACUAUGACAAUUUAAAAGACCCGUUUUUACAACGUGAAGGAAAAACUGACAACGAUUUCAAAAUACGAAUAAAGGUUGACAUUAAACUUCCCAAAAUUAUAGAGAGAAUUGCUAAUUUUUUUAGUAAAAAAGAUCAUGGCAGCUCGGAAUCAGAUCCAACGUCUCGUAAAGAAUAUUCGAUGAACUAUAUUACACCGUAUUUCAAUGUUCCUAAUCCCAGUGACCUCUUAGGCUUUAACUCAAUGCCUCGAAUGUCUGAGUCUAUUCCUUUGCAAAGAAUAACUAUUCAUAAGAAAAAGAAAUUCCGCGGCAACUCAAAUAAGAAGCACAAAAAGAAGACAUUUAAUGUUCAUGAAAUUCAAACAGAUAAGAACACAGCAGUAAAACUUGAUACUAACGAAACCAUGCCCCAAACUAAAAAUCAGACGUUUCAAGGGAAAAAUAAUACAUUAUACAAGAACAAUAUUACGAAUAACAUCUCGGAAAAUACGAACUAUACAGCUAUUAAUAAAUCACAAAACCCUGAAAAUAAUAACCUUAAAAGUAACUCUAAAGAAAUUAUUUAUUUAACACUAAAUAUAUCAAAUGAAAACGAAAACCAUACAGACGAAAUGAAUAAACUAGAAAACAGCAUUGAAACUGGAUAUUUUAAAACAAAAGAUAAUUUCACUGCAAUAAAUCUAAACAGAGAAAAGAGAGACACUGCAAACAAAAACACUUCCGACUCCCUGGAUUUAUCUGUAAAACCAUUAAACGUGUUGAAUGAGACCCAUGACAAAAAGCUAGAUAAAUUACUAAAUGAUUCAAUUUUAUCAUAUUGGCCGGAAUCCCAGAAUGAGAGUUCCAAGACUCUAGCAAACAGUUCUAAAAAUAUAAAUUCACUUAUUUUUGACAUUGAAAAAAGAAAAUCUAAGUUCAAUAUGAGUAGUGACAACGUUCGUAACAAUCACUCAAUAGCUUUAGAAAGAGCUAUAUUUGGCGAAGUAGAUUGGAAUGAUGUAGAUACAGUUGCACCUGUCUUUAUAUCUUUUGUGGGGAAAUAUAUUCACGGAGUUUUAACAUUUUGCUCUGAUUCCGUAUGUCACUCAAUGAAAUGUGCCAAUAAAACGUGUGUACACAGAAAAUGUGAUACAGACAAUCGAUAUAACAAGAUGGGUCAUUGUUUGGGUAAUAACAGUACAGAUAGUGUAGCCAAAAUGGAAUCAAUUAUGGAUUUACCUUCGAAUUUGGCUCUUGAAAUAGUAGAUAUUUUACAAGAUAAAAUGCUUGGUAAAAUGUACGGAAAAAUUACUAUAUGUAUAGGUUUUAAAUGUGUAACAUUUGUAGCAUCAAAGAAGACAACAAUCAAGUAUAAAUGUACUUCAAAAGAAAUUAAUACUUUAAGUGAAUGCCCUUACAAUAAACAGCGUUAA